CUCGUGUCGACCCCACGAGCGAAAGUCAGCAGGCCCUCCGACUUCGCGCCGUAGAUUUUGGCGGAGACUUCCCGCCGGAGGGCCGCCCCGCAGGUCCUUUCAAUAACUCCCACCAUUUUCACAACAUCGCCGCUGCCUUGUCGCCUUGCCAUCCACGAUGGCAGAGCCCGAGCUUGUCCUGUUCGCCAGGGCUGUAUCCCGAGUAUUUGGAUGGAUAUACUUCUUCAGCUGGUCCCUGUCGUUUUACCCGCAACCACUGCUCAACUGGCGCCGUCGCUCCACCUAUGGCUUCAGCGUCGACUUCCCCACCCUAAACGUUCUCGGCUUCACAGCGUAUACCAUCCAAACCAGCGCACUCCUCUACUCGCCUACGAUCCGUUCCCAAUAUGCCUACCGCUACCCUGCCGCUCCAGAACCCACCGUCCGCUUCAACGACUUCUUCUUUGCAGCCCACGCCUUCGUCAUAAGUCUCGUCAUCUAUAGUCAGUUUUGGCAUAAGGUCUGGGGCUUCCGGGAUACCAAGCAGCGGAUCAGCAGUGUAUCGCUCGGCGUUUUCUGGGGCUGCGUUCUCGGACUGGUGAUCGUGAUGCUCAUGGCCGGUUUUGGAGGCAAUGGUGGAUAUGACCCUAGUACAUGGGCUUGGAUAGACGUAAUAUAUGCUACAGGCUAUGUCAAACUCCUAGUUACAGUAGUUAAGUACAUACCGCAGGCCUGGAUCAACUACAAGCGAAAGUCAACAGUGGGCUGGAGUAUUGUCCCAAUAUUCUUCGAUCUGACAGGAGGUGUAUUAUCCCUCUUGCAAUUGGUCAUCGAUUCGCUCCUGCAGGGAGACUGGUCUGGCGUCACUGGCAACCCGGCUAAAUUCGGGCUGGGAAACGUGAGCAUCUUCUUCGAUAUCAUUUUCAUGGUACAGCACUUUGUUCUAUAUCGUCACGCAAAAGAUGUCAAAGAGGCGGACGAAGAAGGCGACUACAGCUACAUAGAAGGGUGAAGGCAGUUAUUUAUUUACCCAGUUGCCUGCGUAGAGCAAGAUUCACGGGCGUACCGAGGUCCGAUUUUCGUCCACUAGACGAAGUAUCAGUGUCUACACCAGAAGCAGAGCAAGGCGUUGAGCAACAAUACAUAGAUUUCUAUUUCUUUGCUGCUACCUCAACGGCAGAAGUUCGAAUAACGCGAAAGAUCAGC